AUGGCCAUCUCUUUCUCCACCUUUCCUGCCCCUGCCAAGAAAGGUGGUCCAGAUGAAGAUGCAGUAGAAAGACAGAGGAAGCGGAAGUCCUCUGCUUUGCUUGGCCAGUUGCUUGUUGCACAACUGCAUCACAGAAAAAGGGUGAAGGCGGCUGGGAAGAUCCAGGCCUGGUGGCGUGGGGUCCUGGUGCGCAGGACCCUGCUGGUCGCUGCCCUCAGGGCCUGGAUGAUUCAGUGCUGGUGGAGGACGCUGGUGCAGAGACGGAUCCAUCAACGGCAGCAGGCCCUGUUGAGGGUCUAUGUCAUCCAGGAGCAGGCAGUGGUCAAGCUCCAGUCGUGCAUCCGCAUGUGGCAGUGCCGGCAAUGUUACCGCCAAAUGUGCAAUUCUCUUCGCUUGUUCCAGGUCCCAGAGAGCAGCCUUGCCUUCCAGACUGAUAGCUUUUUACAGGUCCAAUAUGCAAUCCCUUCAAAGCAGCCAGAGUUCCACAUUGAAAUCCUAUCAAUCUGAAAGGCCUGGGGCGUGAACAGGCUCCACUGCCCCCAAUAAAUGUCUGACAAGGUUG